UGGACCUCCGGGGGCGGGAGGCCGCUCUGGCCCCAAUCAGAGCUUCUCGCUGGUAGACGGGCCCGAGGGAGCCCCUCUGGGCGCAGCGCCGCCGAGCUGCUCGAUGCUCCGACCGGAAGUGCUCUUCACCGCCGACCUCCCACCCGGCUCUCUGGUCCCGGCGGUAAGAUGGCGGCUGCCGCGGAGUGCGAUGUGGUAAUGGCGGAGACCGAGCCAGAUCUGCUAGACGACGAGGAAGCGAAGAGUCCUACGCCUUUGACAUCUCAUCCUUCAGUCCCUUUGCUGGAAGCAGAGUCUUUCAAGGAACAAGGAAAUGCAUACUAUGCCAAGAAAGAUUACAAUGAAGCUUAUAACUAUUAUACAAAAGCCAUAGAUAUGUGUCCUAAAAAUGCUAGCUAUUAUGGGAAUCGAGCAGCCACCUUGAUGAUGCUCGGAAAGUUCCGGGAAGCUCUCGGAGAUGCACAGCAGUCAGUGAGGUUGGAUGACAGUUUUGUUCGGGGACAUCUACGAGAGGGCAAAUGCCACCUAUCUCUAGGGAAUGCCAUGGCGGCACGUCGUAGUUUCCAGAGAGCCCUAGAACUGGAUCACAAAAAUGCUCAGGCACAACAGGAGUUCAAGAAUGCUAAUGCAGUCAUAGAAUAUGAGAAAAUAGCAGAAACGGAUUUUGAGAAGCGGGAUUUUCGGAAGGUUGUUUUUUGCAUGGACCGUGCCCUAGAAUAUGCCCCUGCCUGCCAUCGCUUCAAAAUCAUCAAAGCAGAAUGUUUAGCAAUGCUGGGUCGUCAUCCAGAAGCACAGUCUGUGGCCAGUGACAUUUUACGAAUGGAUUCCACCAAUGCCGAUGCUCUAUAUGUACGAGGUCUUUGCCUUUAUUAUGAAGAUUGUAUUGAGAAGGCGGUUCAGUUUUUUGUCCAAGCUCUCCGGAUGGCUCCUGACCAUGAGAAGGCCUGCGUCGCUUGCAGAAAUGCCAAAGCACUUAAAGCAAAGAAAGAAGAUGGGAAUAAAGCAUUUAAAGAAGGAAAUUACAAGCUAGCAUAUGAACUGUACACAGAAGCCCUGGGGAUAGACCCCAAUAAUAUAAAAACAAAUGCUAAACUCUACUGUAAUCGGGGUACGGUUAAUUCCAAGCUUAGGAAACUAGAUGAUGCAAUAGAAGACUGCACAAAUGCAGUGAAGCUUGAUGACACUUAUAUAAAAGCCUACUUGAGAAGAGCUCAGUGUUACAUGGACACAGAACAGUAUGAAGAAGCAGUACGGGACUAUGAAAAAGUAUAUCAGACGGAGAAAACAAAAGAACACAAACAGCUCCUAAAAAAUGCACAGCUGGAACUGAAGAAGAGUAAGAGGAAAGAUUACUACAAGAUUCUUGGAGUAGACAAGAAUGCCUCUGAGGACGAGAUCAAGAAAGCUUAUCGGAAACGGGCCUUGAUGCACCAUCCAGAUCGGCACAGUGGAGCCAGUGCUGAAGUUCAGAAGGAGGAGGAGAAAAAGUUCAAGGAAGUCGGAGAAGCUUUUACCAUACUCUCUGAUCCCAAGAAAAAGACUCGAUACGACAGUGGACAAGACCUGGAUGAAGAGGGCAUGAAUAUGGGUGAUUUUGAUGCAAACAAUAUCUUCAAGGCAUUCUUUGGCGGUCCUGGGGGCUUCAGCUUUGAAGCAUCUGGUCCAGGGAAUUUCUUUUUUCAAUUUGGCUAAUGAAAGGAAACCACCCGGAGCCCAGAAAAUGCAGACUUGCUCAGUUUAACCUCGAAUGUGGACACAGUUCACCUCCUCCCUUCAUUAUGAUCCACGUACUUAGAGCAGUUUCAUUUUCUCAGCUGGAUACCCGGUGUCUGUGUGAGUGGGGUGAAGGAAAGGGAGCCAGCGCCGAAGACUGCGGGUAGGGGAGGGAGGUGGGGGGUGGACAGGGCAGCUUGUGAAUUUUUGUUUUACUGUUUAACUUUAUUAAAAAAAAAAAAAAUUAAGAGAAUAAAAUGUUUUGACCCUUUCUGGCA